AUGAACCCGGUUCGUAUUACUUUUAAUUCUAAUAGUAAUAUAAUUACUCCCGUACGUAUUAUAUCCAGUAGUAAUAGUACUACUACUUUUACUCGUAUAGUCUCCGGUUUUAAUAGUCGUAGUAUUACCCCUAGCAGCCUUAUAAUUAUCGAAACCCCAAACCGCCCCAUUAUGAAUAAUAAUUAG